UGUGUGUGUGUGUGUGUGUGUGUGUGUGUAUACGUGCGUGAGUGUAUACGUGCGUGAUGACUUCAUCGCAUCCUUUUUUCCUUUAAAUUCAUGUAACCAGCUGGCUGCUGGUCGCCUUAGGCAAGUCGGAAAAGCGAAACAGUGCAUGUACGUGUUUGGUGGGAUGUCGGCGAGAAUUCAUUACGAUCGCCUGCGGGCAGAGGGCGCGGGCACCAACGAGCGAGCGCUGCCCUUCCUCAACCAGGACUAUGAGGCACUGAAGCAGGAGUGUUUGGAAAGCGGCAGUCUCUUCGAGGACCCGUGUUUCCCGGCACGGCCGCCGUCGCUCGGAUUCAAGGAACUAGCGCCUCACUCGUCCAAAACGCGUGGAGUCGAGUGGAAGCGGCCCAACGAGUUGACGGCUGAUCCUCAGUUCAUCGUUGGAGGAGCCACCCGGACCGAUAUCUGCCAAGGAGCUCUGGGUGACUGCUGGCUGUUGGCCGCCAUCGCGUCUCUCACUCUGAACGACAAGCUCUUGCACAGGGUGGUUCCUCACGGCCAGAGCUUCACGGACGAUUACGCCGGCAUUUUCCACUUUCAGUUCUGGCAGUUCGGCGACUGGGUGGACGUCGUCAUCGACGACCGUCUGCCCGUGAAAGACGGGGAGCUCGUUUUCGUGCACUCGGCAGAAGGGUCCGAGUUCUGGAGCGCCCUGCUGGAGAAAGCCUACGCUAAGCUGAACGGCUCGUACGAGGCUCUGUCCGGAGGCUCCACCACCGAGGGCUUCGAGGAUUUCACAGGCGGAGUGUCCGAGAUGUACGAGCUGAAGUCGGCACCCAGGGAUCUGCCCCGCAUUAUCACGAAGGCCCUGGAACGGGGAUCGCUGCUCGGCUGUUCUAUAGAUAUCACCAGUGCCUUUGACAUGGAAGCGGUGACCUUCAAGAAGCUGGUGAAAGGUCACGCCUACUCGGUGACGGGACUCAGAGAGGUGGAUUUCCGCGGUAACAGAGAAAAGCUGAUCCGUGUCCGGAACCCAUGGGGGCAGGUGGAGUGGACAGGGGCAUGGAGUGACAAUUCAUCCGAAUGGAACCAGGUUGAUCCGUCCGAAAGAGAGGAGUUGAACUGCCAAAAAGAGGACGGAGAGUUCUGGAUGUCGUUUCAGGAGUUUAAGCGUCAGUUCUCGCGCUUGGAGAUCUGUAACCUGACGGCGGACGCGCUAAGUGACGACAGUCUGAGCUUCUGGAACACCAUCAAGUUCGACGGCACCUGGAGGAGAGGGAGCACGGCGGGAGGCUGCAGGAAUCAUCCCAACACAUUCUGGAUAAACCCGCAGUACAAGAUCACGCUGCUGGAAGAGGACGAUGACCCCGACGAUCCCGAGGUGGCCUGCAGCUUCCUGGUGGCACUGAUGCAGAAGGACCGGCGGCGCUACCGUAAACAGGGCCAGGACAUGCACACCAUCGGCUUCGCCAUCUACGAGGUCCCAGAAGAGUCCCGCGGUUGCCAGAGCGUUCACCUGAAGAAGGAGUUUUUCCUCCGCAACUCGUCCUGCGCUCGUUCCGAGACCUUCAUCAACCUGCGCGAGGUGAGCACGCGACUCCGGCUGCCUCCAGGCGAGUACCUCAUCGUGCCCUCGACGUUCGAACCCGGGAAAGAAGCCGACUUCGUCCUCCGUGUGUUUACCGAGAAACAGUCCGAGACUGAAGAGAUGGACGACGAGGUGUCGUUCACGCUGGACGAAGAGGAGGACAUCACCGAGGAAGAUAUCGACUCCUCAUUCCGAAACAUGUUUGCUCAGCUUUCUGGUGAGGAUAUGGAGAUAUCAGUCCAUGAGCUGAGGACCAUCCUGAACAAAGUAGUGUCCAAACACCGGGAUCUGAAGACGGACGGGUUCAGUUUGGAGUCGUGCAGGUCCAUGGUGGCCCUCAUGGAUAAAGACGGAAGCGCUCGUCUGGGAAUCGUGGAGUUCCAGAUCCUGUGGAAUAAGAUCAGGAAGUGGCUGGGAAUUUUCCGGGAAUUUGACCUGGACAAAUCAGGAACCAUGAGCUCGUAUGAGAUGCGAUUGGCCGUGGAGAAUGCUGGUUUUAAGCUCAACAACAAGCUGAACCAGGUGCUCGUGGCGCGUUACGCCGACCAAGAGCUGAUCGACUUCGACAACUUCAUCUGUUGCCUGGUCAAACUCGAGGCCAUGUUUAGAACCUUUAUGCAGAUGGACAAAGACGGCAGCGGGGUCGCCGAACUUUCCAUCUCUGAGUGGCUGUACCUGACCAUGUGCGGCUGAGUCUCCUGACCCAAGCUGCGUCGAGAGAUUUUUGGACGAGGAUCACAACCGGAGCGUCGAUUAACCCUCGGACGCAGAGAAAACAUUCGGCCUUAACCACUUCAAUGCUAACUAGUCCCACCUCAGACACCUUAUUAUGUUAACGACUAUGCAACGUAACGAGCUUAACCACCUAAAACCACACGAUUUGUGUUGCACUCCAUACACACACACACACACACACACACACUGCUGCAUGUAUAUCAAGAGCAAACAAAUCUCGCACGUCACUAAUCUUAUUUCAUAGCUUUUGAUUGUAACCUACAAUAUACAGUAUUUUCUCUUAUUUGGAGAUGUGUAAUGUUUUAUUUCGAAAAAUGUAGACCACUACAUAACCAGUGCGUAUCCAUGAAAUAAUCCAGUAUAUGAUUGGGCGUGUGCCGGUGAUCGGUUAGACGAUACGUCGUAAUGUUCAGCAUGCAUGAUAUUAAUCUUUGGCACGUUUAUCCAAACUAAGAAGAAAAAAAAUUAUUUAUAUAUAUAUAUAUACACACACUGAUUUAAGAACCAUUUCAAGUUAAAGUGCUGCAGCUAAACACGGUCAUCUUCUUAAAAUCGUAUUCAAACAUAACAUCGUGAUGAUAUCGGAAACCAGGACUGGAUAUCCUUUGUUAAUCACGACAACUAUCACGAUGUAAAACUUGAUAUCGGCACACGCCUGAUAACGUUUCACUACGUGUUCGUGUGUAACCUGAUAUGCAUAGCAAAAGCCAAACUGAUCU